ACUGACCCUCACGGCCCAGAUAAAGACUGUUUCAACGCUACAUAGUGCAACAGAACCAUACAGUACGUCUCUAGCGCGCUUUUUGAGCAGCUCAAAAGGCGAAGUAGACAUGAAAGGAAAGGACAGCAUCUUGGCGGGGGCGUGGUUCGAACGCAAGACGUCCCAAAACGGCCACGUUGGCCGCGGUGGAAGUUCGCUGAGCUGGCGGACGGAUGACGCGGCAAAUGCAAGCGAAAAUGCGGUGCGAAAAAUCGGAAGUUCAGAAAGUUGGAAGGUUCGUCGUUGUUUUCCGCAGCCCGCCGUUGGUGCGCCGCCGCGAUGUCGUCCGACAUUGAGAUGCUCUCCGAGGCCCCACGCCGCAGCGCCUCCCACCGCUCGACGCCUGUCUACUCGCUACCACCAUCGCGCCAGCCGUCGAUACCAGACGACCGCAGCUUUAUCGAACCGGCGCCUCGCGACCCCACGCCCGUCGCCCCACCACCCGCUUCCGCCCCCGCCGCCUUCCUCCAUCCACCAGAGUCGUCGAAACCGGUCAGCAAGGCCAAGGCGAAGCAACGAGCGCGCUCGCCGUCGGGAUCGCCACCACCACCCGAGCGUCCGCCGCUGCAGACGAUCCGACUCGACAUCACCCUCGGCGGGCCCGACAACUAUGAGGUCGAUAUCGCGGCGCUUGCUCGAGAGACCGGCCAGCGACCACCUACGCCCGUCGCAGUCAAGGUCCAUCACGAUAGUGGCGACAGCGAGGGCGAGGAGGGCGACGUCGAGCCCGACGAAGGCGGGAAGGCCCCGAAGCGGAAGAAGCGGAAAUACGGCGCAGACUACUACGAUGUCUCCGACCCCUUCAUCGACGACUCCGAGCUCGCCAUCGACGAGCGCAAAUUCUUUGCCCAGACCAAGCAACAGGGGUUCUACGUCUCGUCUGGCGAGGUGGCUCUCAUGAAGGACAAAAGCCCAGCGCGGAAGCCCAAGUCACGAAAGAUGCCACUGACAGUCGGCAACGUCGUCGCGUCCGACGCAGGUCGAUCACACGGCAGCGCAAUCAACAGCGCCCUCCGCGCCAUCCAGGACGGUUCCCGCGACGCUCCCAUCCCCGUCUCCGACACCGAUGAGCAAGAUCGCAAGCAUGCUGCCGCCGCCGCCGCCGACAACGACAGCGCCGUCACCGGCCAGAAGCGCAAGCGCUACAUCACCGUCGUCGAGAACGGCAAGAAGCGCAAGCUCGUCGACAUCAACUCCUUCCACCCGGACAUCCAGCGCAUGGUCGAGUCCCUCAAGUCCGCCAUUGCGCACGAGAACUGGGAGGUCAAGGGCAAGUUCCCGCCGUCCAUCAAGCCGUUGCUCACCGACCUCGCGCUGCUCGCGAUCCGCCUGGACGAGUACGACGACGCGUUCUUCGCGCUCAUGCCGCAGCUCUUUCCCUACAACAAGUUCACGAUGACGAAGCUCAUCAAGCGCACUGUCUUCCACGACCACAUCGCCCUGCUCACCGAGCGCCAGGAUGCGCUGCUCGCCCAGCUCAAGCAGCUCGCGGACGAGGGCUUCCCCAAGGCGGAGGAGGACUAUAAGAAGAGUCUGGCUGCUUGGAACAACCGCCAAGAGAAGGCUGCGGCUGAGAACGGCGCACGCUCUGAGGACGACAGCAACCACUCUGCUGUGCCCACCCGACAUCCUACGGAGGAGCGCGAGUUGCAGGAUGCCAUGGACGUCGACGGCGAUGCCCCGCCGCCGGCGACUCAGCCUGAGAAGGACAAGGGGACAGCGAACCCGCCCACUAAGAAGUUCCGCAUGAACGAGCAGAUGAAGACCAUCGUUUGGCAGCUCGUCCUGCUCAGCAAUGAGGUCUGCCGCCUCGAAAACGAGAAGAACCAACUCGAGGGUUCGGUCAUCCAGAUGAGCGAGCAGGGAAUGCGGAAGGUGCUCUACCAGAAGAUCAUCGCCGCCUUUCCAGACGGCUGGGUGUCGUCCGGUCAGAUUUCGCGUGAUGUGAGCGCGAUCAAGAAGAGAUUGGAGAGGGAACAGGCUGAAGAUCAGCAAUGAGCCUUCGCUGGCGCUGUGCGCAUCUUCCUGCCCCUUCUCUGCUUCGUCUCACGGAACAUCUCUUCGGGCGCUAUGCUCGACACUUACUCUACCUUACUCGAACACCAGCGGCUGCUGGCUAUGCUCAUCGUCUCGCCUUAGUGUACGUCUCGCCCUACCUCCGUCCAUGCGUACGUUACUGCUCGUACGUCUCUCGUAUACGCCCCCGCGUUUACGUCCCAUCCACCCUCUACCUACGCAUCCGUCUCGUCCUCGCUCUGUGUACUCGUCAGCCUCGCCCACAUUGUACAUACGCACUGGACCCUGUCUGUCCGUUUCUUAUUGUUAAUAAAGCGACUCUGGGUUCUAUCAUCGUCA